AUAUAUCCGCGUCCUGGCUGAAAAUUUCUCUCCCCCAUCUUUUCCUGUCCCUUUCACCACCGAGACGAAUACACUUUGUCCGUUGCUCUUGUCGCGCUCCAGCUGCUCUGUGCCCCUCUUGAACACAUCAUAGCCUGCGUGCCUCUUACUCUAUCGUUCUAUUCGAUAAUGCCGCCAAUCCAUUUCACUCUCACCAAAGCACCCUUUCGCCCGCGCUCUAUUGGGUCUCUGGCACCGGAAACUCUACUUCAGAUCUUCGACUACCUGUUUCAGGAUGCGAAACUCGCCAUGGAAGAUGAUCAGUAUGACAUAGUGUCUCUCUUCCCCUUCACCACGGCGAGCGUCUGUCGCGACUGGCUCGGAGCCCUCGCUUUGAAGGCAACAUAUUGGACCAAUGUUGUAAUACCACUUGAUUUCCCCAUCCUCCCGUCCAUCAUGACCGCCUACGUCGACAUGAUAAGGCACCAGACGAUCGUCAACGUGCAUGUGAUCUAUUGCGAGCUAUCAACUGUCCAUAUCAAGGCGGGAACCGAACGUGCUCGCGUUGGCAGCGCCAUGCGUCUCCUGAAACCGCAUCUCCCAAAGUGCGAGACCAUCGUCAUCGACACUCGCUAUCGCUCGUCCGUCAUUGUUGCAACCGACCACCUCGACUGCCUCACUGUUGAUCCCCUCAACAAACUUGCGCUCGUCUCUGCUGUCUCCGAUACCGUCGACGAGUCCGAGUUCACCCAUUUUACUUGUCCCAACCUCAUAUCUCUCUCCAUCGACGCCAAAACCCUCGUCGAUUUCAUUGCCAGCGACGGACCUAAGGGUAACCCAAGGGAUCAUGCGGCGAUCAAAGAACUCAACGUCACCACCUAUCGCGCCGAAGUCGAGUGUGGCCUUCCAGAGCUCCUGUCCACCGAGGUUGUCAGGGCCAUCUGCGACCUUGUCAAGGAGUACGGGUGGCUCGACACACUCACCAUCGAGGACAUUGUCUGCGAGGACGACGGAGACGUCGACGGAUACUCAGAAGGUGACGAAGCGCUCCUUAUGUUGCUCAUGCCGAUCAUCCGGAACGUAGGCGACGUCUACCUCACGGACCUCAACGGCCCCUUCCUCCACUCUUUCUUCAUCGGCUUCAACCCGCCCAACGACGGCGGUGAAUCACGCGUCGUCUCGCUCACGCGGUGUUCUCUCCACGUCCCGGUCACCAUUCGCAACACCUGCAAGCUUAAGCUCUAUGAGAUGAACGACAUCAAACACGUCAUGCAUGCGCUCGCACACUGGGACGGACUUCAUCUCAGUGUGGAAGAUUGUCAGGGGUUUGGCGACCCUGUAUUGGAUACGAUAACCUUAAGCGGCUUCUGUCCGACGUUUGGUGGUCUCUACAUCGACAACUGCCCGGUAUCUUUGCCCAGCAUGCGAAGGUUUGUGUCGAUGAGGGAGGGAGAGUUGUGGCGUCUCAAAGUUUCUGGUGGGCCGGAACUUAGCGAGGAGGAUAAACAGAAGUUCAAGGAUUCUAUUUCUGAUGGUCUGACUUGGAACGGCGAGGUGAUACUCUAGUCUGCGCCCGGUCUCGAAGAACUGCGACGUUACAUGUCAAUACGACGUUUAUGCGGAUAGUACCAGUGACAACCCGCCCUUCGUGUAGCGCUGAUGUGACAAAAACCGAAAUUUAUAUUAUUAACGUCUACGUAGUUUUAAUUGCCCAAUGCACAUCAUAAGGAACUUUGC